AUGUGGAGCCUCUCUGCAGAGGAGAGGGACAGGAGGCUGGUCCAUGCGGCUAAGCAGGGGGCAGUGGGGGAGCUGAGGGCGCUGAUCGCCGCAGGGGCCGACGUGGGGGCGAGGGGCGGGGGUGGGUGGACCGCCCUGCACUGGGCAGCAGCCAGGGGAGACGUCGAGGCGGCGAGGCUGCUGGUGGGGGCGGGGGCGGCGGUGGACGCCAGGGGUGAUGAUGGGUGGACGCCGCUGCAUUUCGCGGCAGCCUAUGGCCGCGCAGAAGUGGCGGCUGCGCUGCUCGUCGCGGGGGCCGACAGGGGGGCCACAACUCGUCGUGGGGAGACAGCGCUGGACUUCGCCAGGGAGUGCAACCACAGGCGGCUGGUGGAGAUGCUGUCAUGA